AAGGCAGCCAAUAAUACCUUGCAAAUCACCAUUGAUACACUGGAUUCCGACACAUCAACGGUGGGCAACAAACGGAGUCGAAAAGACCUGAUGGAGGAGAUAGAAAAACGCAAAGCCACGAUACAAGAGUCACAAAAAGCUCUUGAAGAUGCUAAAGAGGUGUCAGAAAAGCACCUGGAAAGAAUUGAGGAGCUAGAGCAAACUUUGUUCGAGCUGAGAGGUAAGAUUGGAACAGGAAACCAUGUACCACCUGGUAUGCGGGUGUUAUGCCUCCGUGAUAAUCCAGCACAACAAUGGUCGGACCUUAGGCAGGAGAUCAUGGACCGGUUAAAGAACGAAAAUUCGGCUUUGAUAAAACGGCUGAAGGAGUUGGAGGAGAAUGGCGCAUCAAGUGAUCAGUCCACAGAAAGACGUCAAGGAGAGGAGUUGGUCCCCAGAGAGAGCUGGGAGGUUGUAAACAAAGAGAAGAAGGAGCUCGAGGAUGUAGUGAAGCAGAAAGAGAAACGGCUGCUGCGAUUGCAACAAGUUUUCACCGCUAAGAGCACCGAGUUCCGAGAAACGAUCGCUUCUAUCCUUGGACUGAAGCUCGCAUUUUAUCCAAACGGUCAGGUGCGCGUAACGUCAAUAUACGACCUUUCUGCUUCGUUUGUGUUCCAGCCAUUAUCAAAGUCUACACCUGAAGGAGAGGGCGCUCGGAUGCAGCUUGUUGCGCAAGGUGAAGGAGGCCCACAAGAUCUACCGCAAUUAAUGCGAUUCUGGGUCGAGCAGGAGCAAUGUAUACCUGGCUUUUUAGCGAGUGUAACGCUGGAAUGCUAUGACAAGUCUAAGAGGGAGAAUGGUGAUAAUCCAUAGCCACUGUCCCAUCAGCCCUUUUUUACUAUUACUUUCAUUUACGACAGCUAGCCUUAUCGAUGCUAAUACUAUGUCCACAAUACGCUACUGGUACAGUACAGCCUUUUUGCUUACUAUCACUUGAUCAAUUAGAGCACCCCCGUGAUCGACAU